CCCAUGAAGAGCCUUAGUGUCAUUGGAUAACUGUUCAUGCACUGGAUCUGUUACAGACAACAGAAGGAAAUAUAAUCAACGACAGCAUGCACAUGUAAUCGGUUCGCUCUCGAGAAUCUCCAGUUGUAUCUUGCACUUCUGUCAGCUGUUAAAUGAUCCCAGUUGUUUGGUUAUGGUAUGAUUCACGUCUGAGAAAAGGAUCUGAUUAAUCAGAACACGCAGCUUAUGUAGAUGAUAAUGGCAUGGAUGGAGACCUAAAGACACAACAUUUGGACGCUGUAGUUUGACCUGUGUGUAUGUGAGCUGAUGGGACGGUCAGACGAUGCUGUGAUUGGUCGAGGCCUGAACAGUCCAGAUCCACUGGUGCGUGAAGCCUUUCUGAUGGCGUACGACUACAUCAACUAUGUGACGGCCAAACCAGGUGUCCUGUUGUGUCCGGCGCCGUCCCGUGCCUCUGCUGCCCUGCGCCACGCUGGAGACGAGCUGCUGAUCCGCUUCCCGAUCUUCUUCCGCCGCUGGCCGCGAGUUUUCCAGGACGUGACAGAGCACACGGCCUGCCCCACGCUGCUCUCCAUCCUGGACGAACACUUCGCUCCGACGCGGCGCAGGGAUCUGGCCUGGAGCGCCGUGCUGUCGGUGUUCGUUCUGGCGGGUCAGCUGGCUCUGCACUGCCAGGACAGGGGCAUGGAGGACAUCACACCGCAGAUACAGGAGUGUGUGGGCAGCUACGUGGAGAGGGUCAUCUGCCCUGAGAUCCGGGACAAAGGAGGAUGGUCAGGUUUUAUCAGUCGCUUUGGAGAGAAGCAGAAUCUUGAAGACCAGGUGAUAAAGGUCUGCUGCUGGUCCCUGCUCCUGCUAUGUGUUGGCAUCUUAUCCUAUUUCAUAUGGACAAGAAGAAAAACUUAGUCAACAGCGCCACCUGCUGAAAAUAUGUAGUAAGGACACUCACGACUAACAACGUGGAUGUGGUAAGAGUGACUAAAAAUUCAGAAUUACGGCUUAUUUGACAUAAAUUGUAAGCCUUCCAUUGUUAUUAGGCUAACGCCAUGCUAUCAAUAUAUGUGUAUAGUUUAACACCACAAGAAAUAAUACCUUAUUAUUCUAUAAAAUGUUAGUUUAGUAUAUUCUACAUUGAAUUGAUAAACUGUAGUAUACUUUACAAGUCAACUAGCAGACUGGUAUACUGUCUAGUAUUAGCAUUUAGCUUGGUAUUGCAUUUAUACUUUAUGUGUAUCCCACACUAUAGACAGAAUUGUAGUGAACUGAUAUUUUCAAAGAGCUGCUAAUAUAUAAAGCGUGUUUUGCGUGCUUUAUGAGGUAAAAUGAUUUACAAUAUUUGAUCUUUUUAGUAAACACUGAUUUGAUGCGUUUCUGAUUGCCUUACAAAUUGGUUUAAAAUGUAUGACGUCUAAGAUUUCCUGACUACAUGUAAUUUCUUGAUUGUAGUAAUUAUUUACUAUUACUAGUAUAAUUACCACAAUAAACUACAUUACCGCAGUUUACUAUGGUAUAUUUACUCUAAGGUUCUAUAUAUACACCAGUCUCAUUGUUAGACCUGUUUGAUAUUAAA